CCCGUGAAGACCAGGAGGUACCUAUGAGAUGCGCGGAUGCUGCUGGGGAAAUAUUCUAGUUUUCGUUCAUAAAUGGAAACCUCAAGACAGAGGAUUAAAGACAAAUGAAAACCACUGAAGGAAUUAGCUGGCACCGCUCGAAGAUGUUUGCGGUCGUUUUUUUAGGGGCUGUAAAACAGAUCAGAGAAACAAAAGCGUGUUCGUGAAAACCAGCGCGAGAAGAGACACUCCGACAAAAGCAGAAAAAAACGGCGAUGACCAUCAACGCAAACAAUGCUUUAUGGUUCUUCUGCCAGGAAACAAAACAGAACCGAAAAAAAUCUAAAUAAUUGAACACUUCCAUUGUCAGUUCGUAACGCAUUUGGAAUAAGAAAUAUUUUGCUGAACUCAGACGGCAAACACUGGACUCCGAUAUGAAAGCUUUCCUGUUUGAACACAUGUCGAUAAAGAAAUGAGUGUGUACAGUAAGUUUGAAGACGGCAUCAACAAACCUGUCAUUGUGUGAUAAUGUGUGUGUUUUGCCAGUGUACGCACUUCUCGUAACAGAAACGAUGAGCAACCCCCUUUUUUGUGUAAAAUAUUGUUCUGGUUGAACUGAAGUGAGCAGGCAAGACAGACACAGGACAGCCUAUCAUCAGUCAACACACACAUCUUCUGUGGUGACACCGGUUAGACAUGCAAGAUUUACUGAGAAAAACGCGUCUGCGUUGUACAAGAUCAUCACUGAAGGGGCAACAGUCUGAAUUUUCCAGUCUGAGUGGGUGAUGUGGCUGUGAUGAGGAUGCGCUUUCCUCUGAAGAAGAUCCGCAAGCAGUUCAAACUCCUUCUGCUGCUCGUUUUACUUAUGUUUGCCAUUGGGUUCACCUAUCUUCACAUCAACCAAGGCAAAGCCAUCAAACUCCACUUCAACUAUGGAAAAGAUAUGGAGAGGCAGGCAGAAGGGAUGGGGUCCAGUCCUAAAAAACACCUCUCCUCCUCUAUCAACCCCUUUGAGCAUGGGGAUGCUGCUGACAGUCAGGAGGACGGCUGGGGGGGAGAAGAGCUCAAUGAAUCUGCUCAGGAGAGCCGUGCCAACGCUCAGAUGCACACACUCCUUGCCCAGAAGUUCCUCGGGUUGCCAUGGAAACCAGAGUAUAAAGGUCAGGCCAAUCUGCAUGUGUUUGAAGACUGGUGUGGCUCAUCCAUCUCCCAGCUCAGGAAGAAUCUUCAUUUUCCUCUCUACCCACAUACCAGAACCACAGUGAAGAAAAUUGCAGUGGCACCAAAGUGGAAGAAUUACGGCCUUAGAGUAUUUGGAUUCAUUCAUCCUUACAAAGAUGGGGAUUUCCAGUUCGCCAUAGCGUCAGAUGAUAACUCUGAACUGUGGCUCAGCUCAGACGAGAGUCCGCUCAAUGCCCGGCUCCUGGUGUACGUGGGACAGCGUGGCUCAGAGUGGACAGCUCCAGGAGAGUUCAGCAAGUUUAGAUCCCAGACCUCCAAACCUGUGCGUCUCAUGUCCUCGCGGCGAUACUACUUUGAGGUUUUGCACAAGCAAGAUGACAGAGGGUCUGACCAUGUGGAGGUUGGGUGGAGGCCUUUUCUUCCCGGACAGAAGUUUGAUGUCAUUGACUCAGCUUACAUCUCCUUGUACACAGAUGAGUCCAGUCUAAAGAUGAACAGCGUACAUCACAUCCCACAGACUCUGGCCAGUCACUCUCUCACUCUGCAGAUCUACCACAGGACAGAGACACACACUGCAGACAUGCUCAAACCAGACCCAAGAGACACCUUCUACAAGAUUCCCAUGGUAGAUCAGUCCAGGCUGGAGAAUGUUCUGCCAUCUUGCGUCUACUCUCCUACAUAUGUGGUGAAGGACUUUCCUAUCGCACGCUAUCAAGGCCUGCAAUUUGUCUACCUUUCCUAUGUGUAUCCCAAUGACUUCACCAGACUUACUCAUAUGGAGAAAACCAACAAAUGCUUCUACCGAGAGUCUCCGGUCUACUUGGAGAAAUUUGGCUUCUAUAAAUACAUGAAGAUGGAUGAGGAGGAGGAUGACCAGCCUGUUUUCUUCCCCAAACCCGAUGAUUUCCUGGAGGAGGAAGAGGGUGUCGACCCAGAGGAGGCAAUCAAUUCCAGCAACCGGCCAGUCAAGAGAAGCGGUCCGUCCUAUCAGACAUCAAGGAUUACAGCAACCACCGCCUCCUCAAAGCCUGAUAGAUUAGACAGGGGUUCAAAGAGCUCUGUCUUUCAGCAAGAGAAGCAGUAUGUUCAGUUUAAAGAGCAAGAGAGGAGUAAAAGAACGAAAGGGGGAAGGUUUUAUAGACACUCUCAGGUGGUGGAUGAUGAAAUGACAGAAAUAAGACAGGUGAAGGGGAGUACAGGUGCGCUAGAGUCUCAAAGCGGCUCUCUGAAUGAACAGACAGGAGCGAGCGAGGAAAAUGGGGACUCCCAAACGCUUUCUGUGGUUCAGAGAGGGCGUUCUUUAGCAUGGAUGCUGCCUGACCCUGCAUUGCCAAGCAAAAGUAAACUGACAGAAACUGCCAGCCCAACUGUGAAAGGAAGAUCUCCCUUUAAGCUUCCUCAUCUCUAUGUCUUGGCUAAUAGGAUUUUAGGUAACGCAGGUAAGCCUGUUGUGGAGAAAGCUAAUAGCAAUAAAAUCUACAUUACAAGACCUCGUCCGCCAGUAAGCAGACCCAAACCACCCGUGGAAGUGUUUCCUGGGGUCUUUCUUUACCAAUCUAGAAAGUCCAAGAGGCUUGUGGAUUUGAGUUCAAAAUGGAGGUCCUUAAAAACACAAGCUGCUGCUUCUGCCCCCUGGGCAAUCUUCCCCUUAAUGGACCACAAGACUUCCACCCAAUCUGCCCUGUUAAAGCAAAGCCAUCUUUCCUCGCCCACAGAGGCUGGGCCUCAUAAUAAGGGUGACCCUACAGCCUCCAUAUCAGAUCCAGACAGCGUGCCCCCAUCAAGCUCAGAAAGGAGAGACCACCCUGGGCUAAACUCCAGCAGCCAGCCUCCGGAGGAAGAGCCAACAAAGAUCUCGGAGAUGGCAGAGGGAUUGGACGCGGCUCCUCAGAGUAGGGGUCUUGAAGAAGGAGAGAUGUCCGAGUACAGUUAUGAGGAGGCUGAGGUCAGGCCACGAUUGGCAGAGGAGGCCAUCAACUGGCAGCGCACCUUCAGUGUGAACCCAGUGGACUUUGAGCUGCUGCGGUCCGACUGGAAUGACCUGAGGUGUAACGUCUCCGGGAAUUUGCAGCUCGCAGAGAACGAGGUCAUUGACGUGAUCUCGCAGUUCAUGGAGAGGCUGAAUGAGAGGAAUGGAGGGAUCUACACUCUGGCUCGGAUUGUGAAUGUAGAGAAGCGGAGAGAUUCGGCCAGGGGCAACCGUUAUUUGGUGGAGCUGUUGUUAAUGGAGGGAGGGAAAAGACUGGUGCGUCUGUCUGAAUACAUCUAUCUUCUGUUGCACCGCAGUCGAUUUGAAGAGGGCAUUGAGAGCAGAGAGGGAACUGUGCCCUCGUCCCAUCGUACACCCACCAAAAUCCCACUGCCCAGUGGCUCCAGCGCCCAAACACACACCACCACACCCUGGAGUACUAGCUGGGCCAAACCCCUGCUCUGCCAGCCUAAUAUGUUACAAUGGAGACAUGAUGUGAUGGUACACUUUGUAGUACCAGUAAAGAAUCAGGCUCGCUGGGUACAGCAGUUCAUCUCAGACAUGGAGCUCCUGCACCGUGAGACGAAGGAUGAUCAUUUCAGUGUGAUCAUUGUGGAUUUCCAGAGCGAUGACAUGGAUGUAGAGCAGGCACUGAAGGACAGCACUGUGCCUAGGUAUGAGUAUCUGAAACGUGAAGGGAACUUUGAGAGAUCUUCUGGUCUACAAAUGGGUGUGGACACCAUAGAGGACAUUCACAGUAUAGUGUUUCUGUGUGACCUGCACAUCCACUUCCCUCACAACAUCCUAGAGAGCAUCAGGAAGCACUGUGUUGAGGGCAGACUGGCCUUCGCACCCAUCGUCAUGAGACUGGACUGUGGGAGCUCGCCUCUGGAGCCUGAUGGCUUUUGGGAAGUGAAUGGCUUCGGCUUGUUCGGAAUUUAUAAAUCUGAUUUUGAUAAAAUUGGUGGUAUGAACACAGAGGAGUUUAAAGACCGCUGGGGAGGUGAAGACUGGGAGCUUCUGGACAGGGUUUUGCAGAACGGCCUAGAAGUAGAAAGACUGCGACUGAGGAACUUUUACCACUAUUUCCACUCCAAGCGGGGCAUGUGGAACGUUCCUGUGAAAAGAGCAUCUCAAGGAUAAAAGAAUAGCACAGAGGAGCCUGCUGCUGUUUCUGGCCUACUUUGUGUGUGUGUGUGUGUGUGUUGGUCAUUUGUGCCCCAGGUGACACACUCUUUACAGAGGAACAUAGACCUGCCACACUGUGUUUGACAUGAGCUUUGGAGUUAGAUGGACUGAAUUUACCAAAAUUCCAUUCACCAUUUACUUGAUGGGUAACAUAUGGACAUCAGGAGCUAAUAGUGGACAACUGACACAAAAGACAUUUCUGAAUGCUGCUUUCCCAAUGUUUAAUAUGUGGAGAAAGAGUGAGAGAGAGAUGUCCAAUAUUCUGCAGUUUGUCUCUUUAUUUCAAACUUACUGAGUAGUUGAAAUAGUGGAGGAUAUUUAAUUAACUCAUAAUAAAGGGUGCUAGACAUCAUACAGUAAUCCAGACAAGUUUUGAUGAAGGGAUAAUUUCUGUGAAAUUGUUUGUAGAGGAGUUAGGUGUGUACUUUUU